AUGGGGAAAGGGCGAAACAAGAAUAAAGAAAAAGAGACAUAUUCAGGACCCUCACGCAGGGGAAGAGAUAUUGCACCAUUUUUCAAUGCAAGUUAUUCCAAUUCACAUUCUUUCCAUAUGCAUGUUCUUUGUGGCCGUUCAGGUGGAGAAGAUAGCGAAAGUGAAGAGUCGGUUGCGUCGCAUAUGACUGUCGAUGAUGAUAUGAGGAGUGUACAAGGGGAGGAUAUGGAUGACAUUGACGCUCCUAACUUGCUCGAUGCUCUGGCCGAACACGUGGAGAACGCCAGUCAUAAAAAUAUUUCAAUACGAAUGGCUGCACUGAGACAUAUUCAGCUGGCAAUGUGCUCUCAGUAUGUCCCGGAUUUUGUAACAAAGUGGAGAAUGACACUUAUUGAACUCAUAACGAAGAAUCUGAAGAAGACCGAUGAAGAGAUAGCUGUUUCGGCAGUACUUCUUGCUCUUGCUUCACUACAAUUAGGUGAGCAAAUUGGUUCUGAUGUGGAGGAACCGCUGACAAUUCUUCGCACUCUCGUCACAGACCCAGCCAGACCAGAGCAGUUGCGAGCACUAUGCGCUUUGUCUAUAGCUGUGACCAGUCACGUUGCUUCUGUGAGUGACGAGUCCAUAUCUGCAAGCAUAAAGGCAUUACGCUCAACGUGGGCAGGCAUAAAAGUGACUGCACAAGGCACCCGACUUUUCACUACCGCUCUACCAAGCUGGACAUUACUACUGCAGGACACUGAUGCGUCGACGCUCAAUUCUGCUUUUGGUGAGUUCGCAAAACUAACCGCCUUUCUGGAAGCCGAUCAACUCGACAUUCGUAUCGCUACCGGAGAAGCACUAGCUUUUCUUUAUGAGCUUGGGGCAGAAACUCGUCCAGGAUUCCGUCUGCCAAACCACCAGCAAAUCGUUGAGUUGUUGCAUGCUCUUUGCAGUGACGGAUCAAAGGGGAAAGCAAAAAAAGACAAACGUGCUCAACGGUUCACUUUUAGGCAAAUAUAUUCGAGCAUCGUUGACAAAGAUACGCCAUCGAUAACGAUCAAGUUCAACCGCGAAUCGUUGGUGCUGGAUUCUUGUGCCUCUAAAUUACUAUACGACAUCUGUUGUGAGCUUCUCCAUGGUGGGAUGGUACGGCAGUUGCAGAGCAACGAGUUGUUGCGUGAGCUCUUUGAUUUAGGACCUGUUCAGGAAGUGAACCCACACGAGAAAAUUAACAAGUUUGCAAAGAUGGCCGCACAUGACGCAGCAUCCAAGUAUAGAAAUCAAAUUCGUGGAAAGCAGAGGGAUAAACGUAAUGUCGUUUUCUAG